AAUUCUCUCCCUACCAGCUAUCAGGUCACGUGCAUGAGACGUCACAAACUAGGUGGCGAUAGUUGUUCGUUGAUGCUCUGCAACAAUGGGAGAUUUCUUCGGCCGGUCGUGACACAAUACAAAUAAGAGUAAAUAAAAGAAGUCACCUGAACGAAACAUGGAUGAGGAAUCAGCAUCCAAAUUCAUCAAUGCUUUGAUUAAAUCUGUACAGACUUUGUGCCAUGGUUAUGUGGACUUCAACAAUGGUGUUGAAAUAAUUGGGUAUAUCAACCUAAGUGUUGACAAAGGCUCGUCAUUUGACUAUGUGUUGAAAGAAAAAGUUUGUAAAAAUGAAGAAAAUUCCACACUUUUCAUUAGCAAUAGCUUUCAUGCCCAGCCCAAACCAGACAAACCUGUGAAAGCAAAAAAUGGCCAGGUAGAGACACACAUUUCUCAACGGCGCCACUCAGUUGACACUAGUGAGUCUAAUCAGUUGUCAUCAGCAAUAUCUAGCAUCAGUACUGUACUCUCGGGAUCUCACUCACAGGAGAAGUCAAGGUCCAUAUUCAGUGCAAAAGACAGUCCUGCAUCGUCAUCAUCAUCUUCAUCACAUCACAUACAGAGUACUGCAAAGCGGAAAGGAGAAGAUGAUGUAAAUCAUGAUCAUCCACCCAAAGCAGCAAAUCUUUCACAUGAAUCAUCAAGUCAGCAUUUUUUCCAUCCUGAGUCUUCACCACAUGUAUCUGCUACAUCAAGUCCAGUUGAUUCCAAACCUUCUAUGAGUGAUGUUGCUGGUAAUGUUGGAGAAUCUUCCCGAAGAACUUCUACAGUGACCAGUGAAGAAAUGCAGCCCCAUAUAGCUGGCACUAUGCUGCCACAGACUGCAACAGUAACGAGUGAUGCAAACAGCGAUCUUGGUGUAAACCUUGCUAGUAGUGUGUUAGAACGCAUUGAUGAUCAGAGUAACAGUGAAAUGCAAGAAAAAGAUGACAGUGACUUGGAUCUUGAGGUGACGUUUAUUAAAGAAGAAUAUGUGGAGGGUGAAAGAUCUGCUUGUGAAUUUCAGAAUUCUGGUGGUGGACAGUAUGGCAGAGGACCAGAUCAAAGAGCAUCAACAUCAUCAGACAGCAUGGCAGAUACACCUUUAUAUCCAGUAGCACUUCACACUAGUGCUGCAGCAGCAACAUUUGCUCCUGGUAGCCAUGAGAUGGCAGCGAUGGCUCAGCAUUACUCAGGAAUACCAUCAAGUAGCUUAGGAAUUGGAGCUGGUCCAUCUACAUCGCAUCAGCCAGGGCCUUCUGGCAUGAGAGAUCAGCCUGGGAUGUCCAAGGAUUCAAAUUCCAAGUUGACCUCAUGGAUGUCGACAAGAAAUGGCUACUCUGGAAUGUGGACUAGAACAGCAUCUGGGGCUUUGCUGUGUGUUGGGUGUGGGCAUGGGUUUCAUAGUUUUGGUGGACUGUACAAUCAUAUCCGUCAGCAGCAUUUAUCAAGGCACACAUAUAUUUGUAGUAUUUGCAGUCAAGGCUUUAACAUCAAGGGCAACUUUAUAGGUCAUAUGAACAAACACAAAGGAAUCAAGCCAUUUCGGUGUUCAAAUUGUGGGCAGUCCUAUUCACACAAAGGAAGUCUUCAAAGGCAUCUUCGUUAUGAAAAAUGUGGGCAGCCCAAAAUGUCUUAGUGAAAUAAUAGAAAUGAAUAUUUCACCAGUAACCUUUACUAAAAUAACCUAUGGGUUUCAGCACUUUCUUGUGUUUUGAAAUGUGUCCUAGUUUGCAUCUUUGUGAAAUUAAAAUGAGUGGUUUAUAACAGAUACUGGCUUAGAUUAUCCAAAGGUUUGUCUGUGCUAUAAAGUCAAACUUUUAGCUUAAGGGGGAAAAGAAUGGUUUGACCCAAAGGAAGGAGAUGAGGCACAGGUGCAGUGUCCUUCACUAGUUGCACUCUUUGCUUGAUCAGAUCCGUUCUUUCUUGCCAAAGGAUAAAAGUUCGGCAUUUAAUUUAGUGGUUUAGCAGGCUGUAGUGAAAAGAUCAGUAUAACUUCUUGGUUUUCAGAAAUACUUUGUGUCAUUUAAAGUGUUGUGGCAUCCAUACUCCUUAUUGGAAUCGUACUUCUUUGCCCUAUUGUGUUGGAGAAGUUUGCCUUAUGAUGGUGUCAUUUCUGAGAAAACAUUGUUUCUUUUACCAGGCAGCUUUUAUAGUAAAUGGGAGUUGAUCAUAAAGAAACCAAAGUCCUAUACACUUAAGAAGCACACUUUAGGAAAGAUAAUAUUCUAUUGAUAAUGUCACCAAUAAAUCUCUGGGCAAUUUAAGCGGUUCUUGACAUAGAGGUAUCAUGUCCUUAAACAUCAAUCAAUUCUUGCAUUAUUUUCAUCAUUUUUCAUUUCUUGAGGUCAGUCAUUUCUCUCUACCAUUUUCAAAGUGUAUCAGAGUUUUUCAGUUUCCAUCAAAUUAUAAGAUAAGAUAGAACUUUAUUUGUCCCAGAGGGCAAUUCUGGUGCAGCUCAAUCAAAAAAAAACAAAAAAACAACAACAAAAAACCAGCAUUCAUUUUAUUUUUCUCGUAUGUUCAAAUUUUUGCUUCUCAAAACUGUCAGUUGGGUGGCCUCCAGAAGUCCACUGUCUAUUUCAAAUUGUCAGCACUCCCAGAGGUGACCAGGCUGGUUUCUCAACUUAAGGCAUGCUUCGUCUAGAAUUUAUAUUUUAAUGAUUGUAUAGAUGAAUCUCACACACACACACAGACUUCAGAUAUCAGUCGUAAUGCAGAUAAAAAAUUUUUUAAGAACUUCAAUGAAAGAGGUCACAGUAAACUAUGUGUUGCAGACAUUCAAAAAUUAUGGCUAAAUUGGAUGGCAUACUCUUGGAGGGCAAAGGAAAGUGCUAUGUUUUAAGCUAGUUUUGAUGUGCUAUGAACGAGAUCCUAGUUUUUGUCAAAUAUUGUGCCUUUGCAGUGGUAAUCUUCUUGUCUCUUGAUUAAUGCAAAUUGGUAAUCUUUUCUCUGAGAAACAAAAUAUUUAUAAGCAUUUCUGAAUGGUAUAAACAAGCACUUUUUUGAAGUGCUUUCCUGUUUUCUGCUUGGAAAUUGCCAUAGAAUACCUGUCAAAAAUUUGCGAGCAGUUAGGUUUUUGGAUGCACAUGUAUGUAAAUGUUUUGUCAUUUAAUCAAGCAAGGCUUUGAAUAUUUAGUAUUUUAAGUUUGUCAUGACAGGAGUUGUUUGUAUUCCUCUCUAUGGAAAAUUGUUUGCAUAAAUGUGGUCAAGAAUAACACUGCUUUGUCAUCAAAGAGUGAUAAUAUACUGGUUUUACAUUAAAUAGUAUUCAUGGGUGAAUUCUUGAUGGACGUGUUCUCUCUUUUGCCCAGUUUAUGACAAAUAGAUAUCUGGGCGUUGUUUUUUUUUUAUUAACUAGAGUGAUUCAUAUAUUAUAGUCUUUACAAAUGUACUCAGCAAGAUGCGACUUCAGCAUAAUUCAUGCAAGGUUGAAUUAGCCCAGACUAGACACCUAGAACUGGGGCAAUACAGAGAUAGAAGAAAGCAUAGAGGAUUGACAAAAACCAAAACAAAACACAGCAAACAAAUGACUUCCGUAAGUGGUGUAUUUUGAAGACUCUUAAGACUUUAAUGAAAAAGGACUAAAUGCUUGGUAUUGGCACAUCUGGUUUAUCUUGGUUCCUCCCCACUUUCUGCUACAGGGCUCUUCCAAAACGUGCAGCACCUGAUUAUAACUGUAUUUCAGUUCUUUAGUUUUUCUGUAAUAAUACCGUCAGUUGAGAAGCUUUCCGAUUCAAAUUUAGGUGUCUUCCAUUCACAGAUUGGGCAUAGGGAUUUAUGAAAUCAUCAGCUUGUGGACAGUCCCUGUUCAUAUCAGAAGUUCAAGGACAGGGUAACUAUGCAGUGCUGUGGACCAAAGCAGCUUCAAGGAAAAUCCAAUGCAGUGUGUGUGAAAGUGUACUUCACAAUCAGAGGGCAUUGUACAAUCAUGUGUAUCAGCAACACCUUAAGAAGCAUAUUUAUGUGUGUAAAAUUUAUUCUCGGGGUUUCCUCUCAAAAGAUCCUUAUGAACAAACAAAGGCCAAAGACCCAAGGCUGCUGCAGUGUGGAGUGUCCCACUUUUAUAAAAGCAAUUUGAAGAAACGUGCAGAAGUCAAGGAUUGUCAUAUAUGUGAGAUUUGUAAUAAUGAACUUGCAUUUUGUUUUAUGGAAGUGAAAUGUGUAAGAUUUAGCACAAUCAGGUUUGCUUUAUGAGGUAUUAUAAGCACAUAUUGAUAACAUCAUUUAUGCCUAAAAGUUUAUGUGCUUCAGUUAGCACUUGGAAUAAAUCAAAACCUGAAAAAUACUUUCAAUAUUAAUGAUCAUUUUUUAGCAACUGACAUGUUUUUUGUAUAGUGGCAAAUCUUUGUUUUUGUAUCUGCUUUGGAUUUAGUUUUAUUAUCGUGAUUAGAUUCAAAGAUAAUUUUUUGAAGCUCUACCUUUAAAGUUGAGUUUUAGGCUCCAUUCCAUAUACUGUUUUUUUAAGCAGUCUUAUUUGCUAUGACAUCAACAGUUUUGAGUGUUCUAAAAAACAAAACAAAAAAACAGAAGUUUGGAAACUGGUCGGGGGGGGGGGUGGGUGGUGGUGGGCAGAGGGGGUGUGGUUGAGGAGACAAGGCAGUGUUGAAAGUGAAAGGCAUGCAUCCUUGUUAAAGGCACUUCACAUAUCCCAGCCAUCACUCAGGAAUCCAACCUUAUCUGGUCUCCCCCCCCCCCCCCCCCCAGAAAAAAA